CCCCCCAUGUCCCCCCCCCCCCAACUCCGGUCUACUUUGUACCUUCCUCGCCCUGACUCCGGAGCCCGGCCAAACCGAGCCGGGCCAGACCAGACCCGGGGGCGAUGCGGCUUCUGCCUCUGCUGCGGACAGUCCUCUGGGCCUCGCUCCUCGGGUCCCCGCUCCGGGGGGGGUCCAGCCUCCGCCACGCCGUCUACUGGAACUCCAGUAACCCCAGGCUGCUGCGAGGAGACGCAGCAGUGGAGCUGGGCCUCAACGAUUAUCUGGACAUCUUCUGUCCACACUAUGAGGGCCCAGGGCCACCUGAAGGCCCUGAGACUUUUGCUCUUUUCAUGGUGGACAUGGAUGGCUACGAGACAUGUCAAGCUGAGGGUGCAGGAGCUUUCAAGCGCUGGGAAUGCGCUCGACCUUUUGCUCCAUUUGGCCCAGUCCGAUUCUCAGAGAAAAUCCAGCGCUUCACACCUUUCUCAUUGGGUUUUGAAUUCCUGCCAGGAGAAACCUACUACUAUAUUUCUGUCCCAACCCCAGAAAGCUCUGGCCAGUGUCUGAGGCUACAAGUGUCAGUGUGUUGCAAAGAAACCACUGAAAAGCCAACCACAGUACCUCCUUUUGUGCUUCGACAGGGGAAUGGGGUCUCCAGGGAGUCCUUGGGUCCAGGUGGGGGAAGCACACCAGCGUGGCAAGGAGGCCGGUCCCCAAGCCCCCUCUGCCUCCUCUUGCUUCUGUUGCCACUUCUUCGACUCCUUCGGGGACUCUAAGACUAGCCCUAACCCUACUCCACUCUUGGCUAUUACCCCCAAAUUUAGCCUCAGAGGGGGUCAGUGUUUGGGGGAUGAGUUAUUCCAGGGUUGAAAGGCUCCAGGACUAUAAUACCCUGCUCUGGGUAUGGAGUUAUCCCUCUUGAUAUUUGGGGGAUAGGAUUGGAGUUAGCUGGUGCUAUCCCCACAAUUUCUGAGUACAUGGACUGGUACCUGGACAAUUGCUGAGACUGGACCAAUUCCUGGAUUCACAUGGAAGUGAAAUGCUAUUAUUCUCAACAAUUGGCCAUGGCGCCCUUCUCUCUUCAGACUGGAAUUUUUUUCUGGAAAAAUAAACCAAACUCCAAUCCUGGAGAAGGAGGACAAGACACCUAGGUUCCCUGCAGCUUCAAGAUUUCUACUAGUCUUGAAGUAAAGGGAUCUCUCCUAGCCCUGGUCAACCAUCUCACUGAUCCUCCAGGUGCUCCCCAGGACUCUACCUUGUUCUCCACCUGAGAACUCUCUUGUGUCUUCUGGGAAGACGAACUUGAUAUGAGAUUGAUUUUCAUUUAUUUGUAUUUUUAUAAGUAUCUGGACUCAACCUUCAAUAAACCACCUCCCCCCUCCCCUUCUUAUACACCA